AUGUCCGAAGUGCUACAAGAAUUUCCUGAGCUAACCGUCGAAGUUGAUGGAAAACAGGAAUCCAUUAUGAAACGCACAGCCUUAGUAGCAAAUACCUCAAACAUGCCCGUCGCUGCUCGUGAGGCGUCCAUUUACACGGGAAUUACCAUAUCGGAGUAUUUCCGCGACAUGGGCUACAAUGUGAGCAUGAUGGCCGAUUCAACAAGCCGUUGGGCAGAAGCACUUCGAGAAAUCUCCGGCCGCUUGGCUGAAAUGCCCGCCGACUCUGGAUAUCCGGCUUAUUUGGGCGCUCGUCUUGCCAGUUUCUACGAGCGAGCCGGCCGGGUUCAUUGCCUUGGUGGUCCUGAACCGCGUUAUGGGUCAGUUGGAAUCGUCGGUGCCGUGUCUCCUCCCGGUGGGGAUUUUGCCGAUCCUGUCACUUCAGCUACCUUGAGUAUCGUCCAAGUAAGUGCUGCACUCUGA